UAAAAUAUAUAAAUGUACCAAUUAUUGCUGUUGAGGUCUGAAAACUAAAGCAGCCGAUUGAGCCAGUAGCCCCGCCCCCCAUUCGCUCUCCUCCAAUAACAUUGCAGCAGUAUCAGACUGAGCCCGUAGCCCCGCCCACUGUCGGAUCAACAGAUACACACACACAUACGCCGCUCCUGCUGGAACGUUAUGAGCUCGCGGCUGUUGUUGUUUUAUAUUGUUUAUAUUAGUUUGCCGGAGCGUCGCGUGCGGGACGGAGUAACGGUCGCAGCAUCCCCGCGCAGGAGUUGAGCACGGAUCGUGAAGCGCAGGUUUAGUUCAGCGGAGGAUUUCGAGUGAAUACAGCCGAGCGAGCGCAGCGGAGGACGUAGCAGAGCCGUCACCAUGUGCAUUUGACAAAUAACCGGGGGCCAUACAGGCGAGCUGAUGAGGAUGACGAUGGUGAGUGAGCUCUUACCAUAGUGUCUGAUGGUUUGGUAAUAAUGGACGUCCCCAGUGGCCAGCUCAGCGUCUCCACCUUCACGACCCCGGCCUCAGAGAGGAGCAGCAGUUCUGAGUCCCUCAGUGAGAAGGGCCCCUCAGAGCUCAAGAGUUUUGACGCUGUGGUGUUCGACGUGCUGAAGGUCACGCCAGAGGAAUAUGCAGGUCAGAUCACUCUCAUGGAUGCUCCAGUGUUCAAAGCCAUCCAGCCUGAGGAGCUCUCUAGUUGUGGCUGGAACAAGAAACACAAAGCACACUUCACAACACACAUUAAAAUGAACAACACAUUAAACUUCAUUCUGAUGACCCAUUUUGUCUCCUGCUCUCCUCUGGUGAGUUUCUGGGUGGUGAGGGAGAUUCUUCAUGCUCAGACUCUGAAGAUCAGAGCAGAAGUGUUGAGCCUCUAUAUCAGAACAGCAAAGAAACUGUGUGACAUGAACAGUCUCCAUGCAGUGAUGGCGGUAGUAUCUGCUUUACAGAGCGCUCCCAUCUUCAGGCUCAACAAGACCUGGGCUCUUUUGAGUCGAAAGGACAAGGCCACGUUUGAGAGGCUGGAGUAUUUGAUGUCUAAAGAAGACAACUAUAAACGCUUGAGAGAUUACAUCAGCAGCCAGAGCAUGACAUCCUGCAUCCCGUAUCUGGGUAUAUAUCUGUCUGAUCUGACCUACAUCGAUUCGGCGUAUCCAUCCACCGGCAGCAUUCUGGAAAACGAACAGCGUUCCAACCUCAUGAACAACAUUCUGAGAAUCAUCUCAGACCUGCAGAGAUCCGUUGAAUAUGAUAUCCCAGUAUUGCCGCAUGUCCAGAAGUAUCUUAACUCGGACAUCUACAAUUAACAGAAACAUAAGUAUGACGACAACUACAAGUUGUCCCUAAAGAUUGAGCCACCAGCUACCAGCACACCUCGCACCACUGCCUCUAGAGAAGACCUCACAGGUCCAGAUACAUCUGCGUCACCGUUAUGUGGUCGUCGUGGUAAUGUUGCUGAAGGUGCCCUGCCUAAAAUCCCGCCGACACCACCCUCACCCCGGAACCUCAUCACCUACGGACACAGGAAGUGCCACAGCCUCGGCUACAAUUUUAUCCACAAAACAAACACGGUGGAGUUUAAAAGCGCUACUUUCCCCAACGCCGGGUCCAGACACCUGUUGGACGACAGCGUGCUGGAAAGUCACACACCCACACGAGGACAGGCAGAAAGCUCAACACUGUCUAGCGGCAUUUCACUGGGAAGCAGUGAAGGGUCGGAGCUCAGUGAGGAGAUGUCAUGGCCUGCCUUUGAGAGGACUCGAUUCUACCACUCUCUGGGCCCCGUCAGCAGGGUGGGCCGCAUUUCCUGCAGAGGAGCGCUCAGGUCCAGCAGCUCUGCAGAGUCGGAGGAGCUGGCGGUGCAUCUGUACCCAGGAGCCGUCACAGUUCAGGGGGUCUUACGCAGGAAAACAGUCCUCAAGGAGGGCAAGAAACCCACGGUGGCAGCGUGGACUAAGUAUUGGGUGGCUCUUUGUGGUACUCAGCUUUACUAUUAUACUGCGAAGUCCCUCAAGGCCACAGAGAGGAAGCAUUUCAAGUCUACUGCCAGCAAAAGCGUUUCUGUUUUGGGCUUAAUGGCCAUGAUGGCAGAUGACCCGGAGCACCCUGACGUCUUCCUGCUGACCGACUCUGAGCACGGAAACUCAUAUAAGUUCCAAGCAGGGAACAGAAUGAACGCUCUGCUGUGGUUUAAACACUUGAGUGCAGCUUGUCAAAGCAACAGGCAACAGGUCCCAGCGAACCUAAUGUCCUUUGAAUGAGUGAAACCAGGGUGAAUCAAACACGGCUGGAUGACAGGAGAGCAGAGGAAUAUGAAGAUCGCUGGGAAAGGAGGAGAGGCCAGGGACGAAUAAAAGAGCGAAUGACUCGUGUUUUGUGUGCGUUGGAGCUUUUCCACUGCCAUCACCCAGCCUGAACCCCACGGCAAACUCCUUGAGCACCACUGCCUUAACAAGCAGAGAGUGUGUGUGUGUGUGUGUGUGUGUGUGUGUGUGUGUGUGUGUGUGUGUGUGUGU